GGUUGUCGCCGCGGUGUGCGCUCCGGGUUUCUGUUGUUUAGGAGAGUCCCUACCGGAAGUGUGGCAGAAAGGAGCCAUGUGGAGUCUCAGGGUAGCUUGUCGCAACGCUGCGUUGCGCCUAGAGGGCAGGCGAGCCGUUUUCCCUUCUUUUCCUCUUUUUCCUUCCCUGGGUCAGGCCGUCGCAUGUAAGGGCGCCGAGGGGCAGUUGCUGCCCAGGCGGCUCGGCCUCGUGGUCAGCUGAGGAUGAGGUUAAGAUGGACGCGUUACCGGUUGCCACUGAAAUAUUUUGUGUUUAAAAUGUGGUUGCGUGUCCGGAGAUGUAAAAUUACUCAUUUAAAAAAAAAAAAAAAAAAAAGCUCUCCUGAGAUUCCCUCCCAAGCCAGAACUCAAGCCAAAGGGACUUUGACAACUGAACAAAGGGCUAUUGCUACUGCGCCAUAGCUAAAGCAUUUACAGAUAUAUAGUGACAUUUAUUAGAGAGAGAAAGAAAACUUGUAUCAUUCAAGUUAGAAAAUCCAGAUACCCAUGAACAGAAGUGGAAGAGACAAUGAAUAUGUCAUCUGAAAUGCUGCCAGCAUCCAUCGAGUCUACUAAUGUGGAGGAAAAGCUGGGUACGAGUGACGGUGAAGAGGAGAGACAGGAGCCUAGAGUGGAUGCAGGGGCUGAGCCAAUAUCUAAACGGCAACUGAAGAAGCUGAUGAAACAAAAACAGUGGGAAGAGCAACGUGAACAGCGCAAGGAGAAACGAAAAGAAAAACGGAAGAGAAAGAAAUUAGAACGACGCCAGCUGGAGUCCAACUCAGAUGGCAACGACAGGAAGCGCGUUCGGAGAGAUGUUGCUCGCAGCAGCCUCCGCCUGGUCAUCGACUGUAGCUUUGAUGACUUGAUGGUGUUAAAGGAUAUUAAGAAACUUCAUAAACAGAUUCAACGAUGUUAUGCAGAAAACCGCCGAGCCUCUCAUCCAGUGCAGUUUUACUUGACAAGCCAUGGAGGUCAACUGAAGAAGAACAUGGAUGAGAACGACCAAGGAUGGGUCAACUGGAAGGAUAUUCACAUCAAGUCAGAGCACUAUAGUGAACUCAUAAAAAAAGAAGACCUGGUUUAUCUGACGUCAGACUCACCUAAUGUACUGAAGGACUUAGAUGAGUCAAAGGCCUACGUGAUUGGAGGGCUAGUGGACCACAACCAUCACAAGGGACUCACAUUUAAACAAGCAACCAGUUACGGAAUCGAACAUGCACAGCUCCCUCUUGCAGAUUUUGUGAAGAUGAACAGUCGAAAAGUCCUGGCCGUUAACCAUGUGUUUGAAAUUAUCCUGGAGUUCUUGGAAACAAGAGACUGGCAAGAGGCAUUCUUUACAAUCUUACCCCAACGGAAAGGGGCCGUUCCUGCUCACAAGGCCUGCGAAAGCUCUCCUCAGGACCACCAGUCCCUGCCAGAAGGAUGGGACAGUGCCAGCGAGGGAGAGAGUUGCAGGGAUAAUCCUGUCUCACCACAGAAAGACGAGCAGGGCCAGCAGAGCAGCCCGGUUCUGCAGUGAGCCCCGUCCCACAGUAACCUUCCCCUGUCCUCCUCUCGCUUAAGAGAAACCAGGCAGUGCGGUGCUUUACAGAAUGCUCAGACUGCAAGAAAACUUUCUCUAGUCUAUGUUGUGGAAUUUUAAAUCUGUUUUAAGAGUUAAAUAAUAAUGAAAAAAACCCUUUAAACACUAAGAAAGGAUCGUUUGGUUUUGUGUAAGAAGACUUAAAGAUAUGAUUUCAAAAUUGCUUUAAGCCUCAAAUCAGUCAUGGAGGACGUGGAAUACGAGUCUGCCUCGGUUCGUCACUCACUGGAGCAUAUCCUUCAGGACGUGUCUUCUGACCCUUGAGCUUGGUUCUUUAAGUUCCUACCUGUAUCUUUUUAGUCCGAUGUCUAUUUGGUGGAGCAGAUAUUCAUAACUGACCUGUGUGUCUUCUAGAAUGUUGAACUUUGGAAGCUAUGCUUUUUUCUGUAGCUUUGGUGUUUUGUCUAAGAAAUACAUUAAUUCUAGGAGAACUACCAGUUGUUUGCUGGGCUCUACAAUUCAUUCCUUUUGGACAAUGGAGUCUAUUCCUGUGCCUCCCUUGUGAUACCUUGUUAUGCUUCUGAAAUAGUCACAAGAAUAAUCUUAAAUCCUGUAAUGACAAUAACUUAUUCAAUUACACAGCUAAGUUUUGCUGGCUAGAUUAUUAUAUAAGCUUUUUUUGAAGGAUCAAUUUGUCUUUACCUCAGUUUAAAACAAAACAAAAAAGUUAUCCUUCUCAUAUAUUUUCCAUAUAUAUAUAUACCAUAUAUUUCCAUAAUGUUAUCUUUUAAUGUGAAUAUUAUACAUCUGCCUCCAACUAAUAUAAAUGUUUCUGUAAAUAGCAUAUGCAUGUAGGAAAAUGAGCAUGUAAUAAUGUUUACAUCUGUCCAUAUCACAUUUAGCCUUCAUGCCUUAAUCCACAAUGACAGGACUGAUGCAUUCUUUGCGGAAUGGGUGUGUUGAAUUCACUAGUUUGAAUUCGUUAAAUGGAAUUGAACAGUGGUUUGGAAACCGAUGGAGACAGAGCAGAGGGCACUGCACUGUUGGGCUUCUGCAGAGAGUUUGCAGAGUAGUAUUCAGGUCACAAGCCCUUCGCACGAGUGCAGUGGAGCUCCAGGGGCUCUCAUUGGUCUUUUCUCUUUAUGAUACAAUGUGUGCGCUGUGUUAGCAUCUCACUUACACAGACGCUCAUGACAUUUGGUGUUGGUGGUCAGUGCCUAUUGCUUUAUUCUUAGUUACCUAUUGUAGCUAGCUCUUUCAAAGUCUAUAAAUGAAGUAUGUAAACAGUCACAGUAUAGUUCUAAAUGAAUAAAGUUCAUGUUGUUACUGUACUUUUCUAAAAUUCAGGUUUUGUGAGGUACACCCCAUGGGCCCGUGUGUUUGGACACUUGGUCUCCAGCUGAUGGUGCCGUUUUCGAGGUUGUGGGGCCUUUCAAAGGGGAAGCUUUGCUGGAGGGAGCAUGUCACUUAGGGUGGGCUUUUCUUUCUUCCUUCUUUCUUUCUUUCUUUCUUUCUUUCUUUCUUUCUCUUUCUUUCUUUCUCUUUCUUUCUUUUCUUUCCUUCCUUCCUUCCUUCCUUCCUUCCUUCUUUCCUUCUUUCUUUCUUUCUUUCUUUCUUUCUUUUUUUUUUUUUUUUUUUGGUUUUCUGAGACAGGGUUUCUCUGUGUAUCUCUGGCUGUCCUGGAACUCACUCUGUAGACCAGGCUGGCCUCGAACUCAGAGAUCCGCCUGCCUCUGCCUCCCAAGUGCUGGGAUCAAAGGUGUGAGCCACCACUGCCUGGUGGGCUUUUCAACUCUAUAGCCAGUCCUGUUUUUUGUGUCUUCUUUCCUUUAUACAGGCAAAUGUGAUCACCACGUCCUGACAUCCAAACCAACCUGACAAUCCCACUGCCAGGCCUCCCCUGCAGUGAGGGUCUGUAUACCUCCUCAGAGCUCUAGACCAAAAUAACCCUCCCUUCCUUAUUGGCCUUUUGUCAGGGUGUUUUGUCAUGAAGUAACAUAAAAGUAUCUAACAAAAACAUAUCAUUUUAUAUGGGAGAGGACCCUAUAAAAGUGAAGGAAAUCAUUUCAAGUGCCACAUGGUUUCAGCUCACUCAUUGCAAAAGCUCUGUUGAUUUCCUGGGCAUGCUAUAAGAAAACACCACAGACCUAGUGGGCUAAAAUAACCACAACUUAUUUUCUACAGUGUCAGAGGCUGCAAGUUCAGAAUCAAGCCUGGUAGGGUCAUGCUCCCUCUGGCUCACAAGACGUUCUUUUUAACCUUAAUGUAUUUUUUUCUGUCAACUUUUUGUUUUCCAGUACAGCAGCAGAUGAAAAGGAGAAAAUAGGUAACAAUGAUUUGAAUUAAUGGCAGCAGAGACCAUGAGCUCAGUGAGUGAGCUAGCUCAUGGAGGUCUUUCUCCCUCUUUCUAGCUCAUUUCGAGGGCAUGCGCCGUGAGCUUAAUAUGUGUGAAGAAGACAGUGAUGGUCGCCUCAAGAGUCGGGAUUGUUGCUGGGGAGAUCAGGGGAUUGGAUGAGGCGUAAGCCUUGUACUCUUAUGCUUGUAUUGUGACACUGGGUAUGUUAGAACUCAGUGUCCCUAUUUUAAAUGUGACUGUUACAUAUUGGUCCUGUCAGCAGCGUGUGAGGUAGGCAAUGGGGACUUGGUGACUUUCUUCCUCUCCUUGUUUCUCUUCUCUCUUGACCUUGCCAGCUCUAAAAUAUCAGUAAACCUGCUUCAGACUUUUUGUUCUUUUGGGGUACAAGUCUUGACAAGAUUUUAAAAAUCUGCUUUCUGCCAGAACAGGGGCAAAGAACUAAAUGCAUAGCAUUUCAUAAAGGCUUUAUUACAACAGUAAAAACAAUGCUAAAAUAAAACACAACCAUGAAAGACCAAA